AUGAAGAAAUAUGUCUUGGAUUUCAUUGCUUUGCUUAUAAUAGCAUUCGGAAACUUAGGAACCUUCAAGGCCAUUUUGAGCAAACCAUGCUCAUCACCUCGACUUUAGGCUCUGCCACCAACCAUGGCAGACAACUGCAUACCACCAUUAUAGCUGUGAUUCAGUUGCUGGAAGAAGAAUGGCAGCUGCAUCCAGGACAAGAAGACAGAGAACAGCCAGAAAGCAAAGUUCCCAUCGUCUCAGAUGUCAGCCACAAAUCCUGCUACACAUCAGCCCAUCGGCACCCAAGCUCAGUGCAUCAUAUGGACCUCCCGCAUAUGAAGCUUACUCUCCUCUACAUAAACCAUGAAGCCAGGUCCUUCUCCUGCAAAGCUAAGGAUACCUACAAGGCUCUGCACAGGGUUUGCAGCCUGUGA